AUGGACAACGGGUCGUGCUGCCUCAUCGAAGGGGACCCCAUCUCCCAGGUGAUGCCGCCGCUGCUGAUCCUGGCCUUCGUGCUCGGUGCCCUGGGCAAUGGGAUUGCCUUGUGUGGUUUCUGCUUUCACAUGAAGACCUGGAAGCCGAGUACUAUUUACCUUUUCAACUUGGCCGUGGCUGACUUCCUCCUCAUGAUCUGCCUGCCCUUUCGGACAGACUACUAUCGCAGAGGUAGACAAUGGGCCUUUGAGGACAUUCCCUGUCGGGUGGCACUCUUCAUGCUGGCCAUGAACAGGGCCGGGAGCAUUGCGUUCCUUACACUGGUGGCUGUGGACAGGUAUUUCAAAGUGGUCCACCCGCACCACGUGGUGAAUACUAUCUCCAACCGGACCGCGGCUGGCAUCGCCUGUGCCCUUUGGACCGUGGUGAUCCUGGGGACUCUGCACCUUUUGAUGGAGAACCAUCUGUGUGUGCAGGAGAAGACCGUGUCCUGUGAGAGCUUCAUCAUGGAGUCGGACAACGGCUGGCACGACAUCAUGUUCCAGCUGGAGUUCUUCCUGCCCCUCGGCAUCAUCUUGUUUUGCUCCUUCAAGAUUAUUUGGAGCCUGAAGCAGAGGCAGCAGCUGGCCAGGCAGACCCGGAUGAAGAAGGCCACCCGGUUCAUCAUGGUGGUGGCGGCUGUGUUCGUCACGUGCUACCUGCCCAGCGUGUCAGCCAGACUCUAUUUCCUCUGGAUGAUGCCCUCGAGUGCCUGUGACCGCUCUGUCCACGUAGCCCUCCACGUCACCCUCAGCUUCACCUACAUGAACAGCAUGCUGGACCCCCUGGUGUAUUAUUUUUCAAGUCCCUCGUUCCCCAAAUUUUACACCAAGCUCAAAAUCUGCAGUUUGAGACCCAGACGCUCUAAAGCACAGAGGCCAGAAGAGAUGCCAAUUUCAAAACUCUGUCGCAAGAGUUGCACCAGCGUGACAAACAGCUUGCACAGCCAGCCCGAUGUGCUGUAG